AUGGUAUCCAAGAAAUCGAAAGGACCUGCCAAAGUAGCGGUCGUAGGACCUACCCUCCCUCCGAGCAGUUGGCGACUCGACCACGUUCCUCCAGCGAUCCUCGACAGCAUCAUCGACUAUUUCGGCUGGGAAGCCAUCAAGAUCGCUCCUCAUUUGUACCUCUACAAACCGGGAGACUCGCUCAACAAUCAUCGUCCCCUGACAGGCGAUUUGAGAAACAUGUCCAUGGUCAACUGGACCUUUCGACAUAACGUGAUGGGGAAGCAGAUUUUGCAUACGAUAUCCCUACACGAUGUGGAGAACAUGAGAAAGGCAGACGAGUCUUUAACUCAGCAGUCGAGGUGUCAUUUCCGACGCUUGAUCCUCAUCCCUCCCUCGCUAAAACCCAACGAAUCGAUUCCGCGGAAACCCUGGAUCACAGCUCGCCGAAAGAUCCUCAAAUCCUUGACGAACCUCGAGGAACUCUACGACCACACCGGAGAGAUCGUCCGUCACGCGCACGUCUUGCCUCCUCUCCUUCGAAAAGUCGACAUCACCGUCCAACUGGGCGAUCACGAACCCGCUCCGCUUCAAGUCACUCGACUAAACGAGCUUCGUAUCGAUACGUCUACCAAAGGAUGUAAGGAACAUCCCCAUAACAAGGAAUCUCAGGUCUUUCACAAAAAGGUCCGAGCGAUCUGUAAAGACAUCAAGGAGGUGGACAAUCUUUCUCUGAGGAUCCCAGGUUUACCGACCUGCGUAUGCUCCCAUGGGCCGAGAUUUUCGGAGGACAAGGUUAUCAAGGAUCCUUUACCGGAGCAUUUAUCGCCUUUGGAAAAGUUGGAGGUGGUCGUUCCGUUUGCCUGUAUCAAACCGAAAGGACCUAGGGAAUCUCAUUGGUGGGGCUACCUCGGAUGGAUCUUGAACACUCCGGUCAAGUUCCAGCGUCUUACCAUCGCCAUGACCUGGGUCCCGUUCACGAUCACCAGCAGCAACCCUACCUGCACCUCCAUCCGCGAGAACAUGGGACUCGCCUACCGCGUCAGAGAUCCCUUAAACCCGGAACCUAUCCCUUACAACGGCAUGACCGACACGCUCGAUAAGCCUCUCAAGGACUUUAUCCAAUCUCUCUUCGAUAAGAAGCCUGAGCUACAGACGUUCGAGCUCUUGAUGUCGAAAAAGACUCAGUCGGACGAAGACGGACCAGUACAGUUUAGAAGCGUGGGAGCUUUCAGGACCAAGAACAAGCACAAGGGCAAGUCCGCGCUCCAUUUCAGCGACCAAGUUCAUGGCCUCGUCGUUCAAGACGCCUGUGAAGAAGUCUUCAGGAUCUUUUCGGACGGCUUCGUCCCGCCUCCACCUCAUGAGACCAGGACUAGGCAGGAGGUCACGGAGAUGUUCCCCUUCUUUGACCCCGCACUCAUCGCCGAGGUGGAAGAGAUGAGAGCCCGGGUCGAGGGCUCGGUGGCGGAACGCAGCGCUAGGGCCGCUACUCGAGGCGGAGGGAGGUCUGAGGUCUCAUUGGAUUUCGCCCCCGAAUCACUGGCUGAUGCUGUCCGUAGGCAGAACCAGCGAGAAGCGACGGAUCGCACUGAUCCAACAGACUUGUCUGCUUUGGAUUGA